AGCAGCUUUCGUGGGUAAACACAGUACGAAGCUGCUCGAGAGAGGAACGACGAUAGAAGUGCACGAUUUUCUUCAUUCCCUCCUCACUGCUCAUCUUUCCAUUGGCCAUUUGUGUGGAUAAUUCGGAAUGAAAGAAAUGAUUCACAAAGUAAUCACAGUUUUGUGGAUUUUGGAUUCCUCCAGUGGGCGAUUCAUUAAUUUCGAAAAUUUACCGACGCUCGAAUACCCGAAAAACAGCGAAAUCGAUGUUUUUAACCACGUCAAGGGGCGCAGAUUAUUCGAAGAUGAUACGAAAGAAAAUUGGAGGCUCGAGGCCCCCCGUGAGUCAGAAGCCGAGUGGUCCACGUACAGCGUUCGUGAGCCAAACGGUUUCGGUUCCUUUUCAUUCGGAUUCGACAACGUUUUCGACUCGGCUGGCAACGAACAUUUCAGAUCGGAGGAGCGAUUCGAAAACGGUACCGUUAUUGGCGGUUAUGGCUACACUGAUAAAGUCAACGAUCGAAUAAUUCGCGUCUCCUACAUCGCUGAUCAACGAGGUUACAGAGCGAGGACUCAAAUUUCACCACUUUAAGGACUCUGACAAUAAGCCUCCUGGAAUACCCGUACAUUUAUACACGGUAUCAAAUAUCUCAAAAAUGAGCUCGGUGAUCGUAGUCAAAUGAAAAAAGCAAUGUCGAUUUUG